UGAAAUUGACAAGAAUCAAUUUAGAGGGACAAAUUUUGUUUAAUACCGAAAUUGAGAGGGAUCGGAAAUGCCUUUUAACCAAAAAGGAAACAAAACAAAAGUUCUUCCGUUUAUACAAGAAGAAGAAUCAUUUCCUUUUGUUCUCAAUAUCUGCACUUCGUUUCAUUGAAGGAAAACAACAAUGGCGACGUGAAGAAGAGAGACAGAGUUUUUCUUCAAAUUGUUUUUAUUUGUCAAUUUCAGUGGUGAUGAUGAUAACGACGUCUGUCGGAGCUCGGAACUUCGAGGCCGUGGCGGUUUCUAAGUCCGCCACUUGGAGGUCUCAUAGGAGAAAAGAUCCGGUGAGUACGAAAAUGGCGGUUUCGAAUAAUCAACGGUUGAUAUCGUUGGACGUGAGUGGUAGCGGAGCGGCGAGGGAGAGUUACGUGGCCGUUAAGGAAGGUGACGCCGAUGAAGAAGAUUACGUAAAAGCCGGCGGAUCUCAACUUCUCUUCGUUCAAAUGCAACAGCAUAAGGAAAUGGAUGAGCAAUCGAAGUUAGCGGACAAGUUACCACCAAUAUCAAUCGGAGACAAUAUACUAGACCUAGUGGUCAUUGGCAGUGGACCAGCUGGUCUUGCCCUUGCUGCAGAGUCUGCUAAGUUGGGUUUAAAUGUUGGACUAAUAAGCCCUGAUCUUCCUUUCACCAAUAAUUAUGGAUUGUGGGAGGAUGAGAUUAAAGAUCUUGGACUCGAAAAGUGUAUGGAGCAUGUUUGGCCGAAUACAAUAGUAUACCUCGAUGAUGAUAAGCCCAUCACCAUUGGUCGUGCUUAUGGACGUGUCGAUCGACGUUUGCUCCAUGAGGAGUUGUUGAAGAGGUGUGUCGAAUCAGGCGUAAUGUAUCUUAGCUCAAAGGUUGAAUCAAUUGUCGAAGCUAUCGAUGGUCAUAAUCUCGUAGCCUGCGAAUACGAGCAUGUUGUUCCUUGCAGGCUUGUUGUUGUUGCUUCAGGAGCAGCUUCUGGUAAAUUAUUGCAAUAUGAGGUGGGAGGUCCAAGGGUCGCCAUGCAAUCCGCGUACGGAAUCGAGGUUGAGGUGGAGAACAAUCCUUAUGAUCCUAGCAUGAUGGUAUUCAUGGAUUAUAGAGACUAUGCUAAAGAACAAGUUCCAUGUUUAGAAGAUCAGUAUCCUUCAUUCCUUUAUGGCAUGCCCAUGUCAUCAACAAGAGUUUUCUUUGAGGAAACUUGUUUGGCUUUAAAAGAGGCCGUGCCUAUGGAUUUCUUGAAGAAGAAGCUAAUGUCAAGGUUACGGGCCAUGAGAAUUCGGAUUGUAAAAGUUUACGAAGAGGAGUGGUCUUAUGUUCCGCUUGGCGGUUCCUUGCCGAACAUGAAACAGAAGAACCUUGCAUUCGGUGCUGCCGCAAGCAUGGUGCAUCCUGCUACUGGUUAUUCAAUUGCCAGAUCAUUAUCUGAGGCUCCGAAUUACGCUUCCGUGAUUGCGAAAAUCCUCAAGAGAGAUUAUUCGAAAGGCUUUCUUACUUUUAAAAGAAAUAAUUGGAAUAUGUCAAUUGAAGCUUGGAAUACUCUUUGGCCACAAGAAAGGAAACGGCAAAGGUCAUUCUUUCUCUUAGGGUUAGCACUCCUAUUGCAGCUGGAUACCGAAGGCAGUCGAACAUUCUUCCGCAUAUUCUUCCGUUUGCCAAGUUGGAUGUGGCAAGGGUUUCUCGGUUCGACUCUUUCUUCGAUCGAUCUCGUCGUAUUUGCCUUUUCUAUGUUCGUUACAGCACCAAUGGAUAUGAAAAUGUUGCUUAUUAGGCACUUGCUCAAGGAUCCAACUGCAACAACUAUGAUAAGUACAUAUCUCACAAUUUAGAUGGUAUCUUUUUAUUUUGUUUUGUUUUAUUGCUAGGCAUUUGUAUAUUCAAAUAUUAAUUUGCUAAUAUAUCUUCUUU